ACAGAAUACCUUUAAAAAUUAAACCAUCCCAACUUUAAGAACACAUCUGUUGACUCCCCUGCAUAACUAACGAAAAGGAUCCAGUAGGCAUAAGGUCAAUUGCGGGGUGGGAGAAAGUCAUUCCCAACUCAGAUCAGCUGUGCACAUCCUUAAGUCGAGUUACGUCGGUAUGGAGUUUAUGGAUAAAUUUCCAUUGAACGUGGCUCAUCAGCUGGAGAGGCGUGCAGAAGCUCAUCUGCAGCAAAAACAUUUUGAUGAGUCAAUUCAAUGUUACCAGAAAGCUGUUGAAAAGCUGAAAGAAGCUGAACACAGUUCAGAUAAUGGGCUGUUCCUUCAGUCUGUGAAAUACCAACAAGAACGCUGUAUCCAGCUGCAGAAAGUUAUAAGCAUGAAGAAAGAUCAGUAUGUAGCAGACAAGACCAGGCAACAGAAAAUGCUCCAGGUUUUGACAAAGCUGGAACAAACAAGUAGUGAGCGAAGCCAAGAAACUAAUAACCUGCAGCUGAAAAUAUACAGAACAAUGGAGGAGGCAGAUUCAUUAUUAGAGCGACUCGUAUGUCGUGGAGAGAGUGAUGGAUAUGAUCUGGAAAGUGUCAAGAGUGAUAAUGUUGGUGGAGCAUGUGCUGAAGAUACAGUAAAAGUUGACACAUUUCAACCUGGCAAGUUAGAUGGGAGAAAAUGGCCCAAAGAUGAUCGCACAGUGAUAGAGGAGCUGCGCACUCUGAACAACCAGCUGCGUUCACUAGUGAUCCAGUUACAAACACAACUAGAUGCUUCCUGUAAAGAAGUUGAAAUUUUACGUGAACGUGUACGAUUCUUAGAGGGAGAACGCCAUAUGAAAUCAGAUGACAUUGAGGGCAGGAGUUGUAUUCCAGCGGUGAGGAAGAGUAGUCUUCAUGUUAUUACAGAUUCCACAGGUGGUUCUUCGCCCUUUGUGUAUUCUCCCUGUAGUGAACUUAGUCCUGAUGUGCCAGUUGAUAUACCACAUAUAGUUACAAGGGAGUUACCUGUACUUUCACCGCUAGAAAUGCCACACUUUGACUUUGCACAAUUCAAAAGUGGAAUUAUGAAGAACUUUCACCCAUAUCCUAGCUCUGGCACAUAACAAAAAUAUUUGGUUACACUUUGUACAGUACAGUGUGGCUGUAUUUGGCUCAAUGUCCCUUUCUUACCAAGGAUGUGCCAAUCAUUGAUUACUUUGGAAAUUCUGAAGUGACAUGGCUUCUGUUUUGCUAGACUGAAAAUUCUAGUAAGAGCUUACAAGUUACAGACUUACAUUUUUUUAAGCAAUAUUGUUUUAAAUGUUUACUGCCAUUUUUAAAAACUGUAUAACAGCAAAAAAUGUGAAUUCAGAAAUGUGUGUUAAACUUUUAGUCUUGGGCUCACAGCUGGUAUCAUAUACCAUAGUCAGAGAACAUUGGAAUUAUAUUUAGGGUUACAUUAUUUUGAUGAGUUCAUGUCUGUUAAUGUGUGUAAAAUACAGAGAUGUUCAGAAUCA